AUGCAAUACAUGUAUAUGUAACCUUAUGAUGCUAUUUUUUAAAAAUUCUAAAAAAAUGGUAAAAUAACAAGAGGAGAUUUGAUAUCGAUAUUAUAAGCGAUGAAUUACAAUGAUAUGUAAAUAUAAAGUUUGCUAUCAAAAUUUAAUGAUGAUGAAAUAAGUAAAAGUAAUUAAGUAUAUAGCUUAUAAUUAGUUUAUGUUAUGUUUUAUGGUUCAAAAUUAUCCAGCUUAUCGAUUCCCAGCUCAAAGUCAAGCACAAAUUCCUUAAUAAGUAGAUUAAGAUUAGAAUCAGCCCAAAUUUACUUAAGAAUAACAAUAAUAAAUCUAUGAAGAAUUUAAAACAAUUUUAAAAGGACAAGAAUAUGAAAAGAUGAUGAAUUAUCUAUGUAAGAUGAUGUAAUGAAUGUUUUUAGAAUAAUAUAAAGAUAUGGACUUGGUAAAUACGGUUGAUUCGAAUAGCAAAUAAAUUUGUUCAUAUAUAGUGGUUUAAUUUGAUAAUGAAGGUUUGGCAUUAAAAUUUUUAUCGUUAUUAACAGAUUUUAGAGUUAAUUUAAAUUUUAAAGAUUCGUUAAAAUAAUCAAUAUUAUUUUAUAUAUGUCGAGAUGGUAAACUUAAAUUACUGGAUUUUUUAUUAUCUCAGAAUGCUGUUAAUAUAAAUGAUUAAGAUUAAUAUGGAUAAACACCAUUAUUUUAUGCAGCCAGAGAAAAUAAGAUUGAUAUUGUUACAAGGUAAAUAUAUAUGUUAUAUACAAAUAUUUAUUUAGACUUGUUUAAGUUGGAGCCAAUGUUAAUUUAGUAGAUACAUUAUCUAAUUAAACAGCAUUAUUUUAUUCAGCAAGAGAAGGACAUGCUGAAAUUUGUAAAAUUUUAAUUGAUGUAAAUCUUUAAAUUAAAUGUAGAAUGGUUGUAAUCCAAAUCAUUAGGAUUAACACAAAAAAACAGCUUAAUUCUUUGCUAAAAGGUUUUAGAGAAAAGAAGUUAUAGAAUUGUUUAAUUCUUAUUUUGGAAAAAAUAAAGAUGAUUAUAAACCAAAUUCUGUUUAUAUUAAUGACAAUAGUAAAGGAGAAUAGCCUAAAUAAUAAAAGAAGAAAAAUAAGGAUUUACCGAAAUAAGCAUAUAAAUUAAUGUUUACUGAUGAAUAUGGAAAUUUGUAAGAAGUGAGUUCAUCUGAAUUCGUUAAAUUUUAAUAAUAGUAUCCAUAAAUAGCUAAUUUAAUAAUUAAUGCAGAUGAAUUAAUUGAUGAAAAUGUUUUAAAUACUAUGAAGGAUGAUGAAUUAUGGGAAAAAGUAGCUAAAAAAGUCUUAUAAAUUUUAUGGAAAGCAAAAGGAGCUUAAUUAUUUCAUAAUCCUGUAGAUGAAAAAAAGUAUGGUAUAAAUGAUUAUUAUGAUAUUGUUAAAAAACCAAUGGAUUUUGGAACUGUUAAGGUAUAUCAAUAUAUAUAUUAAUAAAUAGUAAAAAUUAAAUACAAAUCAAUAUAAAAAUUGUAAAGAAUUUUAUACUGAUAUCAAUCUAGUGUUUGAUAAUUGUAUAUUAUAUAAUGGAUCAGAAAAUGAAGUUGGUCAAAUUGGACUUGCAUUGAAAUAGGAGUUCUUAAAUUAAGUUGAAUAGACCGGUUUAAAAAAGCAUUUAUAAUGA